CCGGAGGGCAUUACAAUGGAGCAGAACACCGGAUUCACUCUGGACCCUCAGGGCCUCCGUGGUGUCACCAAGAGGCAGCAGGAUUUACCCUACAGGAUCCCGCCCAACACCGUCCCCAAAUCCAGGAUCAGCCGCGUCCUCUCCAUCAACGGGAACAUUCUGGGAGAGGUGAUUGAUUCGGUCCUGAAUGAGGACGGGGUGAAGUAUUUGGUGAAUAUCCCCAAGGGCAGCGCAGAGGCGGAGCUGGCGAGAGUGGCCCCCAUCUUCUAUAUCUAUCACUAUGUGGAGGUGACGCAGCAGUGGAGCCUCCUGGGGGACAACAUCUUUGCUUCUCAGCUGAGUAUGAAGAAGAAGCUGAAAGAAGGGGUCAACAGUGUCCUGUCCUUCCGAAAUAGAGACUUUUCUUACAGUGUGUGGAGAGACGGGGACCCCAGCACCUGGAUGACGGCCUUCGCUCUGCGGAUAUUUGGCGACGUUCAGCGUUACGUGCCGAUCGAUCAGAUGUCGGUGUGCAGCACGCUGCUGUGGCUGAUAGAAGAAUGUCAGCGCAGAGACGGAUCCUUCCAGGAGAAAUCCACCAACCAACCCGUAAAACUGCAGGGCACCAUCCCGCGAGAAGCCUCUGAGAAGACCCUGUACCUCACCGCGCACGCCGUCAUCGGGAUCCAGAAGGCUUUCCACAUGUGUCCAGUCAUUCAAGUGGAGAACGCACUGAACCUUGCGGUGGAGUAUCUGUCGAAGCAGGCGCCCAAUGCGCAGAGCACCUUCGUGCUGGCGGUCACCGCCUAUGCCCUGGCCAUAUCCGAGGCCCCACUGCAGAGUAAACAUUACACCUUGGGCAAGCUAAAGGGGGAAGCCUUCAGUAAAGGGGUCGGUUACCCUCCGGUUUAUCUAUACUGGAAAGAUACUCUGAAGAAAUUCGAUGACACCGUGCCGAACGCCGAGACCGCGAGGAUGGUGGAGACGACGGCGUACGCCCUGCUGACCGUGCUGAAGAAUGCCGACGUGACCUACGCCAAACCCGUGGUGCGCUGGCUGAAGGAGCAGCAGAGAUAUGGCGGGGGCUUCUUCUCCACGCAGGACACGAUCAUCGCUCUGGAGGCCCUGACGGAACUCGCCAUCAUGGAAGACAAACUGUCCCUCAACAUGGACGUCAAGAUCUCCUACCGAAAAUCAGGGGAGUUCAUGAGCUACCGCCUGACCGAGAGCAAACCAUUCACCAGACCUGUAGAGGUCCCAGUUUUAGAAGAUCUCAUAGUGAGUACGAGGAGCGCCAGAGGAAUCGCAACAGGAAGCGUGCGGACCGUCUAUCACAUCAUGACCCCCCCACAGAAGGAUUGCAAGUUUGACCUUCAGAUCAAAAAGAAGCAGCAGCCGGUGCAGACAGACGAGACCAUAUUUGAUGACGACACCUCCCAGAUGCUGCUCCUAGAAGCCUGCGCCAGAUAUAAACCCCAAAAAAAUGAGAUUGCCACCUCGGGCCAGGCCGUCAUGGAGAUCACCCUGCUGACCGGACUACAGGUGGAUGAGAAGCAGCUGCACAAGCUCGUGAACAGAGUAGAUCAGUUUGUCACAGACUACAGCGUAGAAGACGGAAAAAUCAUUCUCCAUUUUGACUGGAUCUCAUCUGAUGAAUACGUCUGCGCUCCGUUAUACAUUAUGAAGAUAUUUAAAGUGGCGUUUAUGAGCCCGGGGAUCUUUAAGGUCUAUGAGUUCCACGCUCCAGACCAGAAGUGCACAGUCUUCUACAAUCCCUUCCUGGACGAGAACCUGCAGCGAGUGUGCAGCGGGGACGCCUGCAAGUGCAUCCAAGGUGAUUGUCCCAAGAUGAGGAGCCAACUGGAUGAGAGCACAACAGCUGCACAAAGGAAGGACGCAGCAUGUAACGGGGACAUGACCUACGCUUAUAAAGUGAAGGCGGACAUGUUGGAGGAGGAGGGGGAGUUCGUGAAAUUCACGGUGACCAUUAUGGACAUCUUCAAUAAAGGCUCCGCCUCCGUAAAGGCCAAUAAGCAGGUGCGGCUCAUCAAGAAGAAGACGUGCGACCAAUUCAACCUCCAGAACGGCGAACAAUAUCUGAUCAUGGGGAAGGACGGGCUCCAGAUCCGGGGGGAGCGUGAAUUCCAGUACGAGUACCCCCUGGACUCCAGCGCCUGGGUGGAGUGGUGGCCGGAGUCGUGCAGCGGUCCAUCCUGCGGUCCCUUCCUCUCCAUCCUGGAGGACUUCACAGAGAGCAUCCUGCUGGACGGCUGUCAGCCCUAGUCCCCACUCCUCGCUGCAGAUUUGCUACAUUGUUUUGUUGCAGUUACAGAUUGUGUCUUGUUCUUGUGUUUUUUCACCAAAUAUAAAACAAUGAAAAUAAAAACAACA